AUGGAACUCCAGAAAUUGAAAGUUGCCUGUGCAAUUUUGAUUUGUCUUGUUAUAAGCCAGAAUAUUAUUGUCUUAAGGUUCGAAGUGAUUCAAGAUAAUGGCUGUAGAAAAGUUUUGCUACAAAAACCAAAUCAAAUCCUAACUGAAAAGGGCGAGCUUAACCGUUCAAAUGUCGGAGUAGGAUACGCAGUCUGUGCCAAGAUAUGUGGUUGGUGGAGCUGCAGCACCUAUUACUGUCCAGGGGACAGAAUAUGUUGCUGGCCCGGAAAUGCAAACUCCAAAUGCUGUCCGGCAGACCAUCCUUUAUGCGUAUCGGAAGGAUGUUGUCCAGAAGGAUAUCCAAAGGUGUGUGGUCGGUAUUGCUGCGAUGAGGACAGCUUUUGCUGCAAUGGGGAAAAUUGCUGCACUAAUGAAGAGGCGUGUUGCGGGAAGGACAAAUGCUGUACUGAAAAGGCUCCAUGUUCUGAAUACGGAGACUCCAAAGAAUGCUGUGACGAGAACCUUCAAGCGUGUUGUGAUGGCUAUGGAUGUGUUGUUCCCUGUGAGUCUCACUUCGACGCUAUUGGAUGUCAGUUGGCUGGUCUCUCACUUUCCUCUGGUAGCGUCGAGACCGUUAGUCCUUGCAACUUUGACAAACGACUUUGGCGAAUAUUACGACCUGACGAAGUUCCUACAGACGGGCUUGAGGCAAAAGACCCCAAAGCCUCUAAAACAGUUCUAUCACACGUUAACUGUGGGAGUCUGAAAGGGUACGCAUCGCAGUACAUAUCAACAACAGCAUCUUACGAAGUUGCAAAGCAUUAUAAGGCAAUGGGAAAGAAAAAAGGUUUGACCGGGUUACGAAUCGCCGAAAUUGACCUUGACGCUUUACCGAAGCAUUGCAAAUUGGAGAUAGUGGACUUGACAACCGAGGAAAACCGAGACAAAUACUUAGGAAAUGCUGUAUGUAAGAAUUUUGCCAAGGCUUCUUGUGAGGUGCUUCUUGCAUGCGAUGUGCCAAUCCCAUGCCACGUCGUUGAUUCCCCUGAGGAUAAAAUCUCUUUGAAAAACUCUGGAGAACUGUGA